GCUGGCAGUGUGCUAGGAGGCUGGAUUGCUGACAGGCUCGGGAGACGCCCGGGGCUGCUGCUGAGUGACUUUUGUCUCUUAUUUGCUUCCAUUUGCUUCGGAAUAGGCACCAGCUUCGCGCUGGUGCUUGUGGGGCGUUUCUUCGUGGGCCUCGGAGUGGGAAUGGGGUUUGUGGUUUACGCCACUUACAUGUGCGAAAUAGCUCCCACGGACUUGCGGGGGGACAGUUCCCCUCGCCCUCAUCUGGUGCUUGUGGGGCGUUUCUUCGUGGGCCUCGGAGUGGGAAUGGGGUUUGUGGUUUACGCCACUUACAUGUACUGGCGGCUGCUGCGGACGCACCACCGGCCGAUCUUGACUGCUGUUGGCUGCGCCGUUGCGCAAAAUUUGACAGCAGCAAAUUCGGUGAUAUAUUUCGCAAUAGACAUUUUCACAAUGGCGGGGAUUUCAGACCCUUACUUGGCUGGCGCGGGAGUGGGAGCCAUGAAGUUCAUGGGAGUCAUCUGCUGCAUGUGCCUCGUGGAGAAGCUGGGCAGACGCGUUUUGCUGCUGCUCGGGACCUUCGGGGCUGUUGUGUGUCACCUCGUUAUUGCGUCGGGCUUUUUACUUCAGAAGACAGUGGAUGUCCACGCAGCAGCAGCAACCGCCACGGACGCAGCAGCAGCAGCAGCAGCAGCAGCAGACGCAGCAGCAGCAGCAGGAACCACCCCCACUACGCUGCUGGUUGUUGGCAUGCUUGUCUUUAUGUUCUGCUGGAAUGUGUCCUGGGCCGCUCUCAUGUUUGUCGUCGCGAGCGAGGUGCUUCCCAACUCCUGUCGCGGCGUCGGCAUGGGCUUGACCAUCACCGCCUUCUGGACUGUGGCCUUCAUCAUGCAGUCGACGCUGGAGCCUCUGUUUGUUUGCAUCACAAUAGCAGGCAAGUGUUUCAAAUAA